GCCAGGCAGGAGGGAGCGGCUCUGGUGGAGGGACAUAGACCGACAGUGGAGGAGAGAGAGAGAGAGAGAGAGAGAGAGAGAGCAGCGGAGCGGACGGGUGGAUGAUUCAGACAGACAGUCAGGAUGCGUGAAUACAAACUGGUUGUUUUAGGAUCAGGAGGAGUCGGCAAGUCAGCUCUGACUGUCCAGUUUGUUCAGGGAAUCUUUGUGGAGAAGUACGACCCCACGAUAGAGGAUUCCUACAGGAAGCAAGUCGAGGUUGAUGGACAGCAGUGUAUGUUGGAGAUCCUGGACACAGCAGGAACAGAGCAGUUCACGGCGAUGCGAGAUCUGUACAUGAAGAACGGUCAGGGCUUCGCUCUGGUUUACUCCAUCACGGCUCAGUCGACUUUCAACGACCUGCAGGACCUCCGAGAGCAGAUCCUGAGAGUGAAGGACACCGAGGACGUUCCCAUGAUCCUGGUUGGAAAUAAGUGCGACCUGGAGGUGGAGCGUGUGGUGGCCAAAGAGUCGGGCAUCGGGCUCGCCCGCCAGUGGAACUCCUGCGCCUUCCUGGAGACCUCGGCCAAGAGCAAGAUCAACGUCAACGAGAUCUUCUAUGACCUUGUGCGUCAGAUUAACAGGAAGAGUCCAGUUCAAGGGAAAGCUCGCAAAAAGUCAAACUGUCAACUGCUCUAAUAAACGUUUUCUGCAUACCUGACCGACAACCAACCAACCAACCAACCAACCAAUCACAGGACAUCUUCCAGCUGGCCACGCCCCUUUAACACACCCACGUCAUCAUCAACAUCAGUCACCUCUGUUCCCGUGACGACCACAUCUCCCAUCCCCUCACCACAUAGUCCAACAGAAACUGUUGCCUUGGAAACAUUAAAACUAAACAUCAAAAGACUGCAGCGGCUAUGAUGAUGAUGAUGACGACGAUGAAGAUUUUGAUUCUGCUGUUGCAGAAAUGGGGGCUGUCCAAACAACUGCCCAAGUUUCAACUACAGUUCCCAUCAUGCUCUCUGCUAUGGGCCAUUUUGCGCUGGGGAGUGGCCAUUUGCUUUUACUUUUAAAUGUUUCUUUCCUUUCUUCUUUUUUUCCAGCAGUCCCGAGCCAUUCACACGCAGUUUGACCUCUUCACUGUCAGCUCUGUGUGUGUGACUCUGGUUGAACCUGUGGAUCCAUACAGUGGUUAUUAUUACAGUGGUUAUUAUUAUGAUUCUGUGUGAAACGAUAUAAAAGUCAUUUAAUGUU